CAGCCGCAGCCAAUCGUGGUAAGCAUUUCCGGCCACACCCCCUUUCGCUUUACACACAAAGGCUGCAAUCUUUUCAUAGGUAAGAGGUAGCUCAGUCUGUAGGGAUGGGGGAUCUGAUUAAAUUGUAUGAAUUGGAAUGGAGACUCUGGGCAGUGGGUGCACUCAUACCUUGUUGGAUUGCUGGCAGCAUUGUAAUGAUGGCUGUAGGGCUCUGAUAGAGCAAUGCUGUCAUGGGAUCACAUGAGUCUUCCUCUGGGUAUUUAUAGCAGAUAAUGUGAAUAUAUCAGUGUAUGUGCAGGGUAAGGCAGCCAUGCGCAAACACUAAAUGUUGUCACCCUGGAUAAGCAUGUCAUUUAACACAACACAAGGUUAUAUAGUAUAAUAUCAUCUGUUUUAUUUCAGACUCUCUAAAACUGGAGCGCCCAACCAUAGCCUUCCACCUGUUGCUAGACUUGUUGCAAUUACUUUAUAUUUUAAAUAGAAUGUAAGUAACCAUUGGUCCUCUCUUCUAAAACACAGUUGCUCAAGUGUGAAUGCAUGCAUUUUAUACUGUAUGCACAGAUACACAUGUGUUUGUGAGUGUGUGUGUAUAUUACCUGUUAGAUGUUUGAGUAGAGUUGCUUGAAAAUAAAUUAAAAUAUACAGAAAUAUAUCAGCUUUUAUUUUUUUUAUAUUAAAGGAUCAUAAAUGAACUGUGCUAAAUCAUACAGAGUAACUGGAAAUCAGUUUGAAGCCCAUUUCUGUUAAAAUGAAUGUUAAGACACAGGGAAAAGUGACCUUGGUAUCUGGUCUCUGAGUAACUUGUAAUAUAAUUAACUAUUAGUAACCAUUGCUGUACUAGUCCCCAAACCCCCCCCCAAAAAAAAAAAAACAAACAAACAAAAAAAACAAUCUAAAAUUCGCCUUGUUUCAGUGUUGAGGCCAAGUUCUACCUUCAGCAUGAUCCUCUACAGAUGACGUCACUCACCAUCACCAGUGGGAGAGGAGGGGGAUGCAUGCUGCCAUUGGCUGUCUGGCUUUAGCAUGCUGGCAUCAGACGCCACAUUUGCACAGUGUUCACAUUAGUCAUGCAAAACUCUUGUACUGGGUGGUUAAUGACCCCCACCUAUGACUCGGUCAGAGGUAGAAUUACAUCUCCAGCACCAGAGGGGAUAAACUUUGCAUGUGCAGCAUUUCAUCACGAAACGCUGCACAUACAGAAUAAUGGUACCAUGCCCAAUUUAAAUUAGUGACCCUUUAACUGCAGUCCAGAAACAUCUUAGGUCCCACUUAGCCUUCAUUGGUCUAGGACAGGGGGUAGUUAGCAGUACUGUGCCAAAACAAGAGUCUGAAGUCCCUUGGUAUUCCUACAAGAUGUUUGAAAAUUAAUUUGCGUGUUUGUUGCUGUGUGCUGCUUGUGUUUUGUAUUUGGGCUGUACAACGUGUUUGAAUGUGGACUGCUUGAGGGAUUGUGUUUGUGGUGGUGUGUGUGUGUAUAUAUGUGGGGGCUACUUGGGGUAUUGUGGGAAGCUGCUUGUGGGCUUCUAUGUGAGUUAUUAAUAAUGCAUUUGUGUUGGCUGUUUGAGAAGCUGUGUGUAUUUGUGUAUGGGCUUUGUGUAGUUUUGUAUGUAUGUAGACUUCAUGUGCACUUUUGCGUGUGUGUCUCCAACAAAGGUUCAAAGACAAUGACAGACACAGAAAUACAUUCUAGCAACACUCAUGGGAUACUCACCCAGUCACCAAAGACACGCACAUCUAGACAAACACUAUUUACUUAAUACACCUUGCCACCGUGCACACUGCCAGGCUUCCCUCUAAUGCACUAAGCCAGGGCACACAGUUAUGCAUUGCUACACACAUUCAAUCACACAGCUAGACACAAACAGCAAGAAACACACUACACCCACACAUUGACAAUGCUGUUGGAAAAUAAGAGAAAGGAAGUUUAUAGACUUGCCUGCCUUGUCUCCCAUUCUAAUAUUCUUGCAUUAUAUGUAAGAUUAACUAAGCAGAAGAUAUCUUUGCAAACUACCAGCAAAUUCACCAGCAAAGUCCAUUAGGUAUUAAAAUAAGUCCAUUAGCUAUUAAAAUACAGUAUGUUGAAAAGUCAAUGUAAUACCACCUUAUUUGUUUUUUUUUUUGCUUUAAUCAUUUCCAUUUCUUUCUUUGCAGCUUGUUUAUAAUCCUCACCUUUUGAACUGGUCAUUUCAAAAUGUCUGAUUGUGAAUCUAGUUUUAUUGAGGAGCACAGAUUAAAUAACAAGCAAACUCUGGAUUGUAAUAAUGAGGUAAGCUUUAUUCAUGCUUACUAUAUCUGCAAAUUAAGGGACAUAAACCAGGAAAUAGAGACUAGAUGAUAUACUGGGAGUUGGAUUUUUGGUUGGACACACAGGAGAUACUCACUAGAUUUUAUACUGGGAGUUGGAUUUUUGGGUGUUCUGGUACCAGUGUAGUUGAUGUAUGGGAUGGUAGGGGUUAAUUAUACACUGUAAGUUUUACUUUACUGAGUAAACCGGUAUUUUGUGCUCAGAUAACAGUGACUUUGUAUGUUUCGGGUAAGGAAACCUUUUAUAAACACAAUUAGGCACUCACAAAAACACACGUACAUGACUAGCCAUGGAUACUUACACACACACAUGCCUAAUUAACCGGUACUUUUUUUGCAAUAACUAUCGCUAAUCAGUCAAACUAACAUACUAAGAAUAUUACAGAAUACAUUUUAAUAUUAUUUUAGUUCCCCUCUCCUCUCUCUGUUGAUCACCUCUGUCAGUAUGAGGAGAAAUUGGAGAUUGGGAAGUGCUGUUCACUGGUUAAUGGCUAGGCCGUGAUAGCAGAGACAUCUUUUGGCAUUUCCUUGCUCUCCACUGCUUAUCUGUUCACCCUGACUGACAGUUCUGGGAGGAAAUACAAUGAUGUUACAUCCUUCCAUUGCAGCAGACAGAGGCAGCCUGCUUCCUUGGGCACAUAGUGACUAGUUAGGGGAGAUCUAUUAAUAGCCAGGCUAAUUCUCAGCUUUAUGGCACUACUGCAUUAUUGCAAGGUGGAGAUUUAUUGUAAUAGUGUAGCAAGCUUAGUAAUACUUUUUUUUUCUGCUGGCAGAGAUUAGGAGAGUUUUAUAGUCCAUUAAUAGCUCAUGAUCAAAUAAGUGUAGACAUUCACACCUCUUGAUCCUGCAACUUUAUGCAACCAUCUAAGCCCCCUGUCAAUCAUUGUUAUAAGGUUUGCAUAGAGAAGGCACACAGUUAAGAGGAAAAAUGAAACAUUGUUCUCCUUUUCAUUUGCGGUGUUUGCCGUGGGUUUGUUUUUUCUGAACUGCAUUGCGGUGUAAUUUGCUAUGUGUGUAAAUUAAAUAGAUGUGGAAGCUGCCUUUUUAAAAAAGGUUUAAACUUUCACUCUCAUAUUUUUUCACUAUGACUUAGUUGUUUUCAUCAUUAAUGAACAUUCCAUGCAACAUAACCACUACAGAAUGCUGUAGUGGUUAUUGUGUCAGAAGUGGACCCCCCAGUAUAAGUAGUCAAGCUGUUUUAGAACGGUUUGUGAUCUUACCUGGGAUCCGCAUGGCACACUUCUCACCUCCACUACCUUAGCCAGAGAGCUUCCAUUAUCUCUCUUAAAGGACCACUAUAGUGCCAGGAAAACAUACUCGUUUUCCUGGCACUAUAGUCCCACUCCCGCCGGGCUCUGGGGAGUGGAAAUGGGUUAAAACUUACCUUUUUCCAGCGCUGGGCGGGGAGCUCUCCUCUUCCGUUCCUCCUUCUCUCCUCCCAUUCGGCUGAAUGCGCACGCGCGGCAAGAGCUGCGCGCGCAUUCAGCCGGUCGCAUAGGAAAGCAUUUACAAUGCUUUCCUAUGGACGCUUGCGUACUCUCACUGUGAUUUUCACAGUGAGAAUCACGCAAGCGCCUCUAGCGGCUGUCAAUGAGACAGCGGCUAGAGGAAUUGGAGGAAGGAUUAAGCCAUUUACAAACAUAGCAGUUUCUCUGAAACUGCUAUGUUUAUAAAAAAAUGGGUUAAUCCUAGCUGGACCUGGCACCCAGACCACUUCAUUAAGCUGAAAUGGUCUGGGUGCUUACAGUGGUCCUUUAAGCUGAGCCCUGCACUGCAGGCUCUUUGGCUCAGGUGGUGAGUAGGAGGGGCCAGGGCACUUCUGUCAUCAUAACCAGUUGUAGUGUUCCUUUGAAUUGUAGUUUUUUAGAUUUACUGUAUGAGAAAAAUCUUGGGAAAAAAACAAACAAAAUAAAAAGUAACUGAGAAAAGCCAUGCCUGACUUACAGCCCAGAUAGCUUACAGUUCAUAAUCUCUAAUUCUCUUUCUUUAGAUUCCAGUUAUGUAUUAUGAAGGUGAAGAUUUCUCAGAGACUAAUCACAGUUGUUUGGAAGAAAACCAUACCAUUUCAAAAAAAGAACAAGACUGCAAUAAAAAAGGUUUGUACAGAUGCGUUAAUCAGUUCACUCUUUAACACAGUAAAACUUUGUUGUCGAGGGAGCUCCAGUAAGAUGGGAGCAAAUCUUGUGGGUUAUUGCUUGUGUUUCCUCUUUAUUUGUCACUAUGUGUUCCACCAUGUUUACAAAAAUGGAUACACUGAGAACAUGCAAAGUUACAUAUUUAUAGUAAAACAAAUUAAAAUGCUGUUUUGCACUUAUGCUCAAUUACAUGCUAUUUUCACAAAUAAACCAGCAGGCCUUUUUGUACACUCUAAAUGGCUUUUGGUAGUGUUAAGAGUAUGAUAUGAAAUAGAAUAGGAUGCAGAAACUGUAAGCCUUGGAACUUCUCAAGGACUUGUCUUGUUUUUCACGCAUGCUUUCUUUAAUGCAUUUGUUUGGUGGUGGUUUUGGAUGAACUCUAGCUUUGAGUGUCUGUUUAAAGGAGCACUAUAGGGUCAGGAACACAAACAUGUAUUACUGACCCCAAAAUGUUAAAACCACCAUCUAGCCCCCUUGGCCCCCUCUUGCAUCCCUAAAUAUAGUAAAAUCUUACUUACAUUCAUGUCUGCAGCUGCUAGCUCUGCCCUGAUCUGCCUCUUAAACUGCCUGCUGUAUGCUGACAUCAUCAGAAGUGGUGGGCUAAGCCAAUCACAAUGCUUCCCCAUAGGAUUGGUUGAGACCGUUAAGGAGGCAGAUCAGGGGCAGAGCCAGCACAGGUCAAAUACAGCCCUGACAAAUCAGCAUCUCCUCAUAGAGAUGAAUUUAAUUAAUGCAUCUCUAUGAGGAAAGUUCAGUGUUUGUAUGCAGAGGGUGGAGACACUGAAUGGCAGUACUGCACACUGUGCAGCACUGCCCAUGGAAGCACCUCUAGCAGCCAUCUGAGGUGUGGCCAGUGAAGAUAUCUCUAGGCUGUAAUGGAAACACUUCAUUUUCUCUGAAAAUAAAGUGUUUACAGCAAAGAGCUUGAAACAUAGAAUGUGAUGGCAGAUAAGAACCAUUCAGCCCAUCUAGUCUGCCCAAUAAAGGGAAUGAUUAUACUCACCAGAACAAAUGCAAUAAGCUGUAGUUGUUCUGGUGACUAUAGUGUACCUUUAAGUCACCAUAAUACUUAUAGUUAUAGUUGAAGGUUUCUGUUUUUUUAACUUCCCCCUGCUUUGGGUGUCGGGGAAUACUGUGGUUUUUGGAAAACACCAAAAAGUCUCCUUCAAUAUAGACUAACUCUCUGAUUUGCCAUAGGUCUAGAUUUCUUCUUUGAUAAUGUUAAUGGCAAUUAGCAUUCAAGAGAACCAUUGUGUUCCAGUAUCAUAUCCAAAAGAAACAUUAAUAAUUACCCACAGAUGAAUAUGAAUUUUGUAUUGGCUGGAGUUUCUGUCCUCAGGUGACUUUCUCAGAUUUAUCCCUGGAUAGCUAAAUUGUGCUAAAUUAUAUUUUGUGGGGUUUUUUUUGUCUUAUUUACCUGGGAGACCAAGGCAUUUAUAAAUUGUCUUGGUGGUGGCAGAUAGGGUGCGUUUGUGACACAGAACACCUAGAACCGAAACUUUGGUAAACACCUCCUCUGUUCUUCUCCAGGUCAAAUUCAAUGUUUAUUUUGUUAUAAUCAAAUCCUAUUUUAAUAAUUAAUUAAGCUUAUUAUUAUCUUCCCUUAGGGGAGGAGGUGUCACCUGAUGUAAUUAACUAUAGUGUAUUUUUUUUCUGUUCUACUUUUGUAUAGAUUUUGUGAUGAUCAAUGAAAAGGGUGAGCCUUGUACUCCUCCCAGCGCCAUGAUUUUAACUGUAGAAGAAGACGGUCAGGAACUUGACUCCCAUGAACAAAACCUAACUGGAAACUAUGUGUUCAAUUUGCAGCACCCCACUGAUCUAACCUACAGAAGGAUGGGCAUAGAUAGCUAUAGUGUUUUUAACUCUAUUGAUCCAAAAACAGGGGAGAUAUCAGAAAUGACAACCUAUUUGUGUAUUGAUUGUGGUAAAAGUUUUACCGAUAGCAAUCUUUUUGCCAAACACCAGAAAACACACACAGGAUACAAACCCCACUCUUGUAAAGUAUGUGGAAAGACCUUUUCAUACAACUCACACUUGGUUAUUCACCAGAGAAUUCAUGCAGGAGAGAGACCGUUCUCCUGCUCCUACUGUGGUAAGAGUUUUACUGACCGACCAUCUCUAGUGAAACAUGAGAGGAUCCACACAGGGGAAAAGCCUUUUGAAUGUACUGUGUGUGGAAAGUGCUUCACAGACAGAUCGAACUUAGUGAAACAUCACCGGAUACACACUCGAGAGAAGUCAUUUACUUGUAUAGAAUGUGGAAAGAGUUUCACAGACCGUUCUAACCUUGUUAAACAUCAAAGGAUUCACACAGGAGAAAAGUCCUUUGAAUGCACGGAAUGUGGGAAAAGGUUCACAGAGAACUCCACACUGGUUGUCCACAUGAGAAGCCACACAGGGGAGAAGCCAUAUGUAUGCAAUGAAUGCGGCAAAUCCUAUUCAUGCAACUCACACCUUAUUGUACAUCAGAGGAGCCACACUGGAGAACGGCCAUUUGGCUGCCAUGAGUGUGGAAAGACUUUCACAGAUAGCUCAACACUUGUUAUACAUCAGCGAGUACACACUGGAGAAAAACCAUUUGUCUGUAUUACAUGCGGGAACAGGUAUACAAAGAAGAGUGCUAUGGUUAAACAUCAGAGGACUCACACUGGUGAAAAGCCAUUUGGUUGUUCACAGUGUGGUAAAAGCUUUAUUGAUAGUUCAUCUCUUGUUAAACACCAGAGGACCCAUACAGGGGAGAAACCAUUUGCUUGUAUCUUGUGUGGUAGAAACUUUGCUGCAAGAUCUACUCUGGUCAAGCAUCAAAGAACUCAUACAGGAGAGAAACCAUACAUGUGUAAAGAGUGUGGGAAAUGCUUUUCAUGUAAUUCACAUCUUGUGGUCCACCAACGAUUUCACACUGGAGAGAAACCAUUUCCAUGCACAGUAUGUGGAAAAAGUUUCACCGAUAGUUCCACCCUAGUCAAGCACCAGAGAAUUCAUACAGGAGAGAGACCUUUUGUGUGUAACUACUGUGGGAAAAGUUUUAUAGACAACUCAACUCUUAUUAAACACCAAAGAAUACACACAGGUGAGCGGCCAUAUUCCUGUAAAGAGUGUGGGAAGUGUUUUACUGACAGCUCAACAUUGGUAAAACAUCAAAGAAUCCAUACUGGUGAGAAACCUUAUACAUGUAAUGAUUGUGGACGGAGUUUUACCGACUGCUCAACGCUUAUUAAGCACCAGAAAAUACACCGGAGGGGGGAUCCAUUAACUAAUGCUGGUGUUGCAAAAAGUGAACCAAAAAAUCUAGUUACUAUUAAAGAAGAAAAACCUUGAAGAUGUAUGGAUGAAUUUGAUGUGCACAAAUCCAUAUCAAGAACGUAACAUUGUUACAGGAAGGAAAAGAUCCACAUGCAUGUUUAAAAUGAGUUCCUUCCACAAAGUUGUACAGUGAAUGGUCUUGCCACAUGUGAAAAAAAAAUAUCUGCAAUGUUGGGCCAAAGAAAGAGUUUCAACAGAUCUAUUAUUACUUUGUUUCUGUGUACCCAAUUCCUACUUUUUUUGUGAUGCACAUUUCAUGUAUUCGGUCUCAAGCAAUCAAAACUAAGACAAUUCCCUCUCAUUGGUAGUACUCUGGCAUGCAAAAACAUUUCCAGAACUUUUUUAUGGGUCAAGAAUUCCUUACUUAUUUUGCGGCUUGUGCCCAAAAUUGGAAGAGACCUUACCUGCCAUUAUCCUUUAUAUUUCAUUCUUUUAAAAAGUGGAGGAAUCCUUAAGACAGAGAACGUUGAGCAUAACUAAUAAAUUUGACAUAUUUCUACAUUUUUCCUACUCAAUGUAUGAAUGUAAUUUUAAGUAUUUUUUUUUUUUUUUAUAUAUAUAUAAUCUUAGUGAUUGGUUAGUUUUAGAAAUCUGGAUUGACAAAACUCACAGAGAAAAAAAGAGGAGACUUCAUUAAGGAAAUGAAUGUCUUUAUGGUAAACAAAGGAUUUGAGAUGCUGCUAUGUAAAAUAUUCCCAUAGAUUCAUUUAUAUGAUUGUAUUGAAGAGUAUAUGGAGAAAUUUAACUAUGUUAUUAAAUAUCUAUAUGGGAAGGGCCAGGGGGAUCAGAUAUGACAGCAUACUUUGGAGAAGUGCUGUUUAGUGCCAACUAAUAGGAAACUAAAAUCUAGAGCAGCUUUGUGAAGAGGUAAAAAGUUAAAGAACUAGACCGAGAUGGUGUUUUGUUUUAUUUUUAAAGAUCCUCACUGUUGUAUAGGCUGAACCAAGACAUUUUAUGUACUAAUAAUGAGCACAGACAGAUCAAAUCAAGUUUUCUCUUCCUGUUUUACUUGUUACUUGCAUGGCGUUAGCCUGUUUACACUUUGUGUGAGAGCCAGGGUUCACCCUUUGGUGUGCAGACCAGCAUGGGAACUAUUAAAAGUUUACCACUCAAAAUCCAUUGUGUAGAAUCACAUGGAACAUCUUUUGUUCCGUAAACUGCAGGGUUGUUUUUUAAGAAUCUUGUGUUUCAAACAGUUUCAGUGCUAUGCUUUAAAGGUACAGCGGAGGAAGUGGGAUAGGAAGAACAUAAUUGGUGCUGAAAUGGUCCUCUGUGUCACUAGUGAGAUAAUGAUAGAAGAGGAGCAGACCUCACCUGUGAUGGCAGAAAUGUACCUUUGUAUGUAUUCAGUUUCUCCCGUGACAGUGUCUGUGCAUCCUGGUUAUCUGUCCUCAUACUAUGUACUGUAUAUUCGAUCUGGAAAGUUAAAAUAUGCAUAUAUUAUCUGUUUUUUAUUGAAAAUAAAUAUUACAUUGAUGUGAGUUAGUUGUGUAAUUAACUAAUCAGUA